AUGGACGCUGAGCCCACGCAGGCAGCGCGGAGGUCGAGCGCAUCAGGCUUCACGCCGCUCUUCAUCGCCAUCGCUGGAGGGUCGGCGGCAGGCAAGGGCACGGUCUGCCACCGCAUUGUCCAGACCCUCGGUGACCAGCGAGUAGUGAUCGUCGGCACAGACGACUUCUACCGUCCACUGACUUGCGAGGGGUCGGCCAGCGCAGAGGGUGUGAACUUCGACAGCCCAGACGCGAUCGACAUUGAGGCACUGGCCAGAUGCUUAGACGACCUCAGAGCAGGCCAGAGCACCCGCGUGCCACAGUGGGACUUCACACGCCAUAGGAGGAGCCAAAGGACUCGGCGAGUGGAUCCAGCGCACGUGGUCAUCAUCGAGGGUAUCUUCGCGCUGUUUUUUCCCGAGCUGCUCGAGCGGGCCAGCAUGAAGCUGUUUGUGGACACCGCGGACGACGUGCGGCUGGUGCGGCGCAUUAAACGCGACACGCUGGAGCGGGGGCGGAGCGUCGAAGACGUUCUCGCCCAGUACGCCAAUUUCGUGAAGCCCGCGUUCGAGCGAUGGGUCUUGCCGAGCAAGCUCCGCGCGGACGUCAUCAUCCCGUGGGUGGACGACAAUCCGGUCGCACUGAACUUGAUCACAGAGCACAUACGCGCCAAGUUGUCGAUUCAUGAUUUGAGCCUCAUCUACAGCAACUUACAUGUGAUGCCCAGCACGACGCAGGUACGAGGCAUGCACACGAAGAUCCGGUGCCACUCGACGGACAGAGGCGACUUCGUGUUUUAUGCGGACAGGCUUAUCCGACUGUUGGUGGAGUUUGCGUUGGGUUUCUUGCCAGUCGAUGUGAGUACGGUGACCACACCCGCUGGGGUCGAUUAUCAGGGCAUUGAGUUCCAGGGCCAGUUGUGUGCAGUAUCCGUCAUUCGCUCGGGCGAGGUGAUGGAGAACGCGUUGCGGUCGUGCUGUCAAGGAGUAAAGUUGGGGAAGGUCCUCAUCACUCGCUCGCCGGAUGGCGCGUGCUCGGUUGCGUAUGAUGCGUUGCCACACGACGUAACUGGGCGCCACGUGUUGGUUAUGGACCCUGUCCUGUCCACUGGUAACACCAUCUUACGGGUCGUUGAUUUGCUAACCAGGCAAAGGCAAGUAGCCGAGGCGAAAAUCAUAGUGCUCUCGCUGGUGGCCGCGCCCGACGGCAUCCACCGGGUCUGCAAGCGCCACCCGGCGCUGAAGGUCAUCACGACAGAGAUCGACCGAGAGCUCGGGCGAGACCUCGGCAUGAGGCCUGGCGUCGGGGACUUCGGCGACCGCUACUUCGGCACGGGCCUGGAGCCCGGGGAAAGCCUCCGGACGCAGCUCUGCGCCGACAUCUCGGGGCGCGACCGCGACGCCUCGCCCAAGCGGUUGGCCGUUGUCGGCUGGCCCGAGCGGUGA